AUGGAUGAUCAACAGAUCGGUGGAGAUACAUUUAUGGAUGAGGUGAGGGGGAAAUAUGUGUUGUUUUAUAUCUCGAGCCUGGAAAAUAUAUCGAACGAAGAACUUUCGCUGCUCAAAAAUCUGUACAAAAGAAUUGAUGAAGAGUAUAAAUGCAAGAUUGUGUGGAUCCCCUUUGAGGGUGACUGGACGACUGAAGCCCAAAAGAAAGAGUUGCAGUUUAAGAAAUGGAAGGAGCAGAUGUCGUGGUACGCAGUGCAAUAUUCUCCCUCAGCAUCAUACAUGUACCUCAAGAAAGAGUGGGGUGUAAGGGGAAAUUCCACAACAACUGAUAUGACAUGA